AUGACUCAAAAGAUUGAUUUACAAGAUAUCACUGACCCUAUUAUUAAUAACUCAUAUGAAGAGAAUAUUUUUCGAGAAUUAGAUGGGAAUCUUCAUGACAUGGAAGAUGAAGAACAAACAAAGAAUAAACCAUUUAAAGAAGAUUAUUUUGAUUAUAUGAUUUAUUCAGUGAGAGAACAUUACAACAAAGCUAAAGUAAUAAUGUCUUAUUCAUUUAAUACUGAAAAAUUCUCUAAACCAGUUUUAUUACUUAUUUCAGGACUAUUUAUCUUUUUUGCCGUAUCAAGUUCUACUAUAUUAACCAUUGUUGGUAUUGUUGAUUCACAACACAUUUUUGAACAUUUAUUCUUUGUUAAAUUAACUCAUUUAAUAAUAUCCUCCCCAUUUAACCGUACAAUACCUUCUUAUUCAUCAAUUAAAUUAUAUCUAGUGAUAGGGAUAUGUAUUGUUAUUAGUUUAACAUCACUAUAUUUAUUCCAGUCUAUUCUCUCUUUUCCAAUGCAGACCCUUGGGCAGUCUAUGAAAUUCAUUCCAAUAAUUCUUCUUCGCCCAUUAUUUAGAAUUCCACUCAAACAAAAUGAUUUAGUCAUUGGAGUAGUUACAUUAUCAACCAUCUUUGUAUUUGUGAUUGUAAGUAAUGCCAGUAUAACCUCAUUUAUAUUAUUAAUGUUAUAUAUUACUUUUGAUGCAAUGGCAAUGGUCCUUCAAUCAAAAUACUUUACAAUAGAUGACUAUUAUGCUAAAUUAUUUUAUCCAUCUGCUUUUUCUACAAUUUGUAAAACUAUGUUAUUCUUUUCUUUUUAUUCAAAACUUAACAUCCCUUCAAUUCCUAUCUUCAGUUCUUGUGUUUUUAUGUUUGUUCCUCCACGGUGUGUCUUUUAA